AUGUUGGCAAUCCUCCGCAAACAUGGCCACAAUUUGCCCAAAGACGUCCGCACAUUAUUGCAGACUCCAUGUUUUGUGGACAGUAAAAAGAAAUGUGAUGGGGACUACAUUUACUAUGGAUUAGAGUCAGGUAUCCGCAAGUACCUUGAGCAGUGCCCAACUUUCACAGGAGCAGUCAUCUUGGACAUUAAUAUUGAUGGUGUUCCUCUGUUCAAAUCGAGUCAGAUGCAGCUUUGGCCAAUUUUGGCCAAAUUUGACAAGUCUGAGCCUUUCAUUGUGUCUCUCUUUUGUGGCAAUGGAAAACCUGAACCGGUAGAAGAUUAUCUACAGGAUUUUGUUCAGGAGUUGGUGGACCUUCAAGAAAAGGGCAUUGUUCAUGAAGGGAUCCAGCUUGAGUUCAAGAUUAAUGCCUUCAUAUGCGACUCUUCUGCAAGGGCUUUUGUUAAUUGCAUCAAAGGUCACAAUGCGUAUCAGGCAUGUGAACGCUGUGAAGCUUUGGCCAGCCAUGUUGACGGCAGGAUGGUGUACACAGACCACGCACCUUGUGAAAAACGAACUGAUGAAAGGUUUAAAACAGUUCAAUACACUUCCCACCAAAAAAAACCGACACCCCUCAUUAAGACUGGAGUCGGAUGUGUCAGUCAGUUUGUCUUGGACUACAUGCAUGUGGUUUGCCUAGGUGCAGUAAAGAGGCUUCUGACAUUUCUGAUUAAAGGUCCUGUUGAGUGCAAACUGCCCAGAAGCUCAGUUGAAGAACUCUCCAGCCGAUUAAUGGCACUGAGAGGGAAGAUGCCAUCAGAAUUUGCCAGGCAACCAAGAUCAUUAGUGGACCUGGAUCGGUGGAAAGCCACAGAAUUUCGGCAGUUCCUGCUCUACACGGGCCCAGUUGUGCUGAAAGACACUGUCAGAUGA